CACAGAGCUGUUAGAACACAAGUUAUGUGAAGUAUGUUCAUGAUUCUGGGUUUUCCUGUUAGCUUGCUUGUUUUCUGUUUCUUCUGGAUUCCAGGUUGUACCCAUGAGAUUCACAAGAUACCUUGACAGUAUUUGGUUAAUAGAAAGGUCUGAGUGUGCAGUGCCUAUAUUUACCAUGCCUAAUUUUAUUUUUUCUGCCAUACUUGAUGCUGCCCUUACUUAUGACUCUCAAUUAAUUGCUUUAGUUGUCACUCAGAUAAACACUCUUUGUUCUUGGGAAAGGGUAAGGAAAUAUUAAUUGGAUUUUACUGUAGUAAGACUAAUUACAACUGAAUAAAGGAUAUUUUCAUGACUUAUCUUAAAGAAAGACACAGCUCUUUCAGAAUACAGUAUAGCAUAUGAAAUAGCUCAACAUUUCUGGGAACUGGGCCAAGAAUGAGAUUGAUACAGAGCUAGUCUGCAUACCUUACAUGAGAAACUUGGGGAGUACAAGCUUGUAAAAAAAUAAUGUACAGUCUUUAUCUACGAAGGAAGAAAAAAUUUGAUCACAUAAGUGCCUUUAAUAUAGGAGGCAUUGCUGUGUCCAGCUGAAUUUAGACAAAGUUACUGUGAGAUGAAAUUGAGACCUCAUUUUUAAUGAAAAUGUUGCUAAACAUUUGAACUGGAUGUUAUUUUUAGAACUAUCCUAUUAAAUAAAAAGUAGAGUCAGGAAGUAUCACAGCAGAAAGCCAGAUACUGUAUAAACCUCUAGAAUUCUUCUCUGACUCAGAGACCUCAUUCAAAGUAUAUUUUAUGACCAACUAGACUCUCUUGAUAUGAGACUGUAUCUUAAUAGUGGUUUCUAUUGGCCUUAAAACCGAGGAGUCUGAGUCUGUUAAUUGUAGUUGCUAAAUACUGAUUUAAGAAUGUAACUAGGUAGACCAUAUUGAAAAAUUAAAUACAUGCUAGUAAACUUUACUAUCAGUGAACAAUAUGUUGUGAUUUGAGAUACUAAGGUUUAGCUCCUGGUAACUUGCAAACCUCUGGUAAUCAACUUAGGGACUUGCUGAGGGAAAUAAAAUAUUAUUUCUCACAUCUCAGAUGAAAUGAAUUUGGUUAAUUCUUAUACUGAGUCAUUAUGCUACUUAACACCAAACAGUCCGGACAUUCUUUCAUAAAAAGCAGACACUGAGCAGCAUGGUUCAUGCAAAAAUGACUCCUGUGGGUCAGUAACUAAGCUGCCAGCAGAGCCACUGAUGUGUUGUCUACAUCUAGUCUGGUAUCUUAACUGCUGCAUCUCUGACAGACAUUCCUGAUCAUAGCCACAUGUGUGUAGUGGUUUUCCUGCUGCAGGUGUUCCAGUGUGUAUGUAGUUUUCUAAACAAAUAUUUUCACUGUUUGAAAGCAAAUACUUGAUGUACUUCACUGUGGUGUUCUCCUGGCUAUUACCUGUGUGUGGGCUCUAAGCUCAUGUGGCUCUUUUCAUGCCUGUUACUCUCUUUUGUUCUCUAGCUCCCCAGCUGGACCUUGUUUCUGGCUGUUUGUGCUGUUGGAAUUGGAGGGACCUUUCAGUAUGGGUAUAAUGUUUCCAUUAUCAAUGCACCCACACAGGUAAAAUGUUGUCUCUUGUUCACAGGCUUGUUUUACAGUAAUGGAUGUGUCCUGUUGACUGGCUGAGAGGCCAAGUGCAGUUGUACUGUGGCUGCAGCAGGUGCUGAGGCAGGUGUCUUGGAAUGAAGGAUUCUUGUUGGUUUCUGAAAUGGUUUCAUGUAGGUUUGUUUGUGAGUAGCUGCCAUCAGAGGUAUUCUGUGUCAGGUAGAAGUACCAAGCAUGCCACAUAAUUACCUCUGUUAAAAUCUGUUUUACAAGGAUUAACUGAAUGAUUAAGUGAUAUCUUCCAGUUAUACUUUUGACUAAAAUAGCCCAGAACAUACAGAAUAGCACAUUUUCAGUUGGAAGGGAUGUACAGCAAUUGUCUAGUCCAACUGCCUGACCAUUUCAGAGAUGGCAAAACUUAAAGCAUGUUAAUAGAGCAGUGUCCAAAUGCCUCUUAAACACUGACAGGUUUGAGGAGGCAUCAAUCAUCUCUCCAGGAAGGCUGUUCCAGGGUUUGACCAGCCUUUCUGUAAGAUGUCACCAUUAUUUCUCCUAAUGUCAAGUUUAAACCUGCCUGGAUGCACCUUCGAACCAUUUCUGUGCGUCCUAUCACUGGAUAACAGGGAGAAAGGAGAGCUGCAGUUGUCUUUCACAAGGCAGCUUGCUGAGGAAGAGACCCAAAAAGCUGCAUCUGUAGUAUCUGAGUAUCUUGUAGGUAUUUUCACCUAUUUGCUACUUUUCUGUCUGUUGCUGUGGCCUUGAGGACGCCAAGUUUUGUGGAUGACUCAAGAAUGUCUGCGCAAAUGGUCUUGUGAAAGUGAUGGGCUUAAUUUUCUGCUGUCAGAUGACUUAUUUUCUUAUGAAACUGUGAAGACUGAAUUUGCUACAACAUUGAAUGCUUUUUAUUAUGGUUAAAAUAAGCUGCUUGUGAAAGAACCUGUCAUAUGCUGGAAAGAGGGAGAGUCCAGGAAGUUUGCUCUGCUGUUAAGUCUUCAUUUGCUGGCUAAGAACUGCAGCCUCUGAUUACAGACACGUCAGUUCAGGAGUUUCUAAAGACAACUCUUAGAAAAUCAGGCAUGUGGAAUAACAAGUUUAAAAGUUGUGAUGCACAAAUACUGUAAGAAAGGUGGAAGAAUAUUAAAGUUGCAGAAAGGAAUGUUAGGAAUUGUUGGAUUACACUAAGGCAGGCAGCUUUAAACUAAGGGUCAGAAUGAGUCUCAUGACAGUAUGUUUGCUAGGUUAUGUGAGACCUCUGUGUUCUGAGAUGUUCCUAAAAAACAGGAGAACUUAACCAUUCCCCCCUGCCUCCCCUUCAUUCAGAAGGUCCUGAAAGACCUUUCAUGGCAGCAUAUGGGAAGGUUUGUCUCUCUCCUCUAGUGGAAUAUAGGUUCUCCUGAGGCAGGGCAUAACAACAAAGCUGCCCAGCUGUCUUUGAGAUGUAUGGGGAGUAGGAAGUGGUGUUGUGGUCAAGGAAGAUUCUGCUAAUCAUGGGUGGUUUUAAUACAAUGCAGUUAAGAUAUUAUCUUUUGUUAGCUCCUAGAAUUGGUUUUCUGGAUUGAGGUACAAGUUAUUUAUAGUGCUAUGCUGUAGGGCUAGACAUAAUGCUACACAAUCAUAAUUGUUUUGUACUGCAGCAUAUACACAAGUUCUUAAAUGAAACCUGGAGUAGUCGUUAUCACAAGGAACUAAAUCCAGAUCUGCUGACUUUUCUUUGGUCUGUCAUUGCUUCUAUAUUUUCACUUGGAGGCCUGUUUGGAGCCCUUAUUGGAGGCAGUAUGGCUAUUCAGCUAGGCAGGAAAGGAGCUCUUUUGAUGAAUAAUAUUAUAGCAAUACUGGCCUCCAUUUUAAUGGGGAUCAGUUUUCCUACUGGAUUGUUUGAGUUACUGAUUGUUGGAAGGUUUUUGAUUGGCAUAAAUUCAGGUAUUGGUCUCUGUGUGCAGCCUCUGUAUAUUGGGGAGGUUGCCCCCAAACAUCUUAGAGGUGCCAUGGCCAUGGGGAGCUCCAUCUUUCUGACUGGAGGGAUUCUGACGGGACAAAUCAUUGGUUUGAGGGAAUUACUAGGUGGAGAAUCACACUGGCCUCUGUUGCUAUCCAGUAGUUGUUUCCCAGCAUUUGCCCAACUUUUAUUCCUACCAUGGUUUCCUGAAAGUCCCAGAUAUCUUCUUAUUGACAAAAGUGAUGAGCUGAGCUGUGCCAAAGCUUUGAAGAGAUUUCAUGGUUCCUCAGAGUACAGAAGGGAGAUGGAGGACAUCCAGCGGGAGUGUUUUGCCUUAAAUGGGGAGAAACCAAAGAAGCCCUGGCAAUUAUUCACUGAUCGUGGUGUGAGAUGGCAGCUCAUUACUGUCAUUGUGAUGACUAUGGGCCAACAGCUCAGUGGCAUUAAUGCUAUUUAUUUCUAUGCAACUUACAUUUUUGAACAAGCUGGGAUCUCAGCAGAAAAGAUCCCCUAUGUGACACUGGGCACUGGAGCUUGUGAAUGCCUCACAGCCCUCACCUGUGGUUUACUGAUAGACUAUGUGGGAAGAAGAUACCUGAUCAUCGGGGGUUAUCUCCUUAUGACCAUUUGGAGCAUUGUUUUAACUUUCUCUCUGACUUACCAGGAGCUGUACCCAUGGGUGCCCUACAUCAGCAUGGCUUCUAUUUUUGCCUUCAUCCUGAGCUUUGGGUUGGGACCAGGUACUGCACAGCAGCGAGUUCUGGAGGGUGAAACCUGUGUCUGGGGGAAGAGGCAGCUCUGCUGUGCAGCCCCUGGUGGCUGCCAGGCUGCUGGUUCACUCUCCUAUAGCCUGAAACUGAGCAUCAAAAUGUUCCUGGCAUUGGAAACACAGCAAAUGGCCUUUUGGCACAAUAACAUGUUUCUGAAACUCCUUUUCCCAGGUGGCAUAACGAAUACCCUGACAGCUGAAUUAUUUAUACAGUCUUCACGUCCUGCUGCUUACAUGAUAGGAGGGACUAUUAGUUGGAUUAGUUUCUUCACAAUUGGAAUGCUCUUUCCCUUUAUUGUGAAUGGACUGAAGCAAUAUUGUUUUCUGGUGUUCUUACUGGAGUGCUUCUUAGUUGCUGCUUUCAUCUUUGUGGUAAUUCCUGAGACAAAAAACAGAUCCUUUCUGGACAUCAAAAAGGAAUUUGACAAGCUGAAUUUUGGAAAAAAAACCAAAAAGAAGGAAACGGAGCUUUAUGAAAGAAGACAACUCCAUGAUGAAUUUGUAAAAAGUUCUAUGUAAUUUCACAUCAGUAACAGAACUUCCAUGAGAAUUAUGAUCAGUAUCUUAAAUUAGCAGUGUAGUAUCACUAACAAGUAGCUUAUUAAAUCUUCCUGUGUACUUAGAGGAAGUUUAAUUAAAGGCAAGUUAAUCUUUCUGCA